AAGCAAGAGUAGGAGAAAGUAAGAGAAAUUGAGUGAGAGCUCUUGUGAGAGAAAAGAAAGGGAGAAAUUGUGAGAAAUCCUUGUGUAGAUUAAGAGAGAGUAUUAGGGAGAAUUUGGGAGCUUUUAUACAUUGAAGCUAAGGUGUUGAGAGCUUCUUGAGUGGGAGAGCUUCUAAAUUAUUGUACUCUUUUUCUUAAUAGUAGAUUUAUUUCUCUUUUUCCCGUGGACGUAGACUUGUCGAGAGAUGUACAAGUCGAACCACGUUAAAUUGUUGUCUCAAUUUCUUUAUCGCUUCCGUUUGUGUGGGAUUGUGGUGUUCAAAAUUCCUAACAAGUGGUAUUAGAGCUGUUGGUAAAGCUCCUGGUGUUAUGGCGAAAUGCAAACUGAAGCCAUGAAGUAUUCAAUUGAGCUGUUCGAUGGCAAAAAUGACUUUGCUUUAUGGCAAAGCACGAUGAAAGAUUAUGGUGAAGUGCAGUGUUUUUAUUGUGGUGAGUUGGGUCACAAACAAUAUAAAUGCCCGAAGUUUAAGGAAGACUUUUCUAAUAUGAAAAUAUUGAUGAAAAGUCAAGAAACCAAGGGCAAGGGGGAGGCUAAUAUUGUUGAGGAAAAUGUGGUUGAAGUAUUAGCUUGUGAAGAGUGUGGUCUUGAGGUGGAGCAAAACAAUCAAAGGUGGAUUUUGGACUCCGCUGCAACUAUGCAUGUGUGCAAUAAUCCUUCAGAAUUUGUGAGUUUGGUUCGGGGAGGGCUUGGCAAAAUAACGGUGGCUAUCGGUGAGAAGGUGAAUAUUGAAGGCAAAGGAGAUGUUCGUCUCAAUGUUCACAAUGGGAGAGCCAAGAUUCUCAAGAAUGUGAGAUAUGUGCCCAAGUGUUCAAGCAAUAUUAUUGCUUUGAGUGAGUUGACAACACGAGGGUACAAGUACGUCGGAAAGCAAGAAUGGUGCAAGGUCUACAAAGGUGGGAGACUUGUUCUACGUGGAAGGAAGAACAAGCACAACAUCUAUGUGCUUGAGCAACAUCCCGAGAGAGGGCUUAAUAAGACCAUGAGGAAGAUGGUGCGGAAGCCUAAAGGGAUCUUGGUAGAUGGCAAGGAAAUUAAUAAGACUAAGAAGAAGGUGAGCUUCAACAAUGAAGUAGUGUUUGAUGAUGGUUCGAGGAGGUGCGAUUUUUCCUCGGAUCAUAUCUUGGUUCAAAAUUAAUUUCUGUAAUGCUCCUAGUGUAGGUUUUUUGUAGAACUGCGUUGUUUUGAAGAAUCCGGUGAUUGCUUCUUCAAUCUCGAAGAAAUCUCAGAAUUUGGGUUCUCACUCGCAACCUUUGCAGCAAGUCUUGGUGACCUUCGAACAGGGGACAAGUUAUCAGGAACUCUUGUAGCGUCGUUGGCGGCAGCCCUUAUUGCAG